AUGUCCUUCUCCAAGAUCUCUGCCCUCGGUGGGCUUGUGGCUUUUGCUUCCAAAGUUGCCGCACAUGGAACAGUCACGGGAAUAGUGGCCGAUGGUGUCUACUAUGAGGGUUACUCCGCAAGCUUCCAAUAUCUCCAAACUCAGCCAAAGGUUGUUGGAUGGUCAAUCCCAGAGGAUUUGAGCAACGGUUUCAUUGCUCCAGACGCAUACAACUCCAGUGAUAUCAUCUGUCACUUGGCUGCUACCAAUGCACAGGCCUCCGCACCUGUCAAAGCUGGAGGUAUCGUUGAGCUGCAAUGGACUGCUUGGCCAUCAUCUCACCAUGGCCCUGUCAUUGAUUACCUCGCUAACUGCAAUGGCGACUGCUCAACCGUCGACAAGACCACUCUUGAAUGGUUCAAGAUUGAUGCUCAAGGUCUCUAUGAUGACACCACAGUUCCUGGAAACUGGGCAUCCGACACCUUGAUUGCCAACAACAAUUCUUGGUCUGUUACUAUCCCCACCGACAUCGCCUCAGGAAACUACGUUCUCCGACACGAGAUCAUCGCCCUUCACUCGGCUGAGGAAGCCGAUGGAGCUCAGAACUACCCUCAAUGUGUGAACCUCGAGAUCACCGGAACAGGAACCGCCACCCCAUCUGGUACUCUCGGAACCGCCCUGUACUCUGAGACCGAGGCUGGCAUUCUCGUCAACAUCUACGCAUCCCUCUCCACCUACGAUAUCCCAGGUCCAACUCUGUACUCUGGCGCUAUCAGCAUGUCCGAGACCCAACAACCAUCCGCCACCGCCGUCAGCUCUGGCAUAAUCGGAGCAGGAACUGGUGCUGCUUCAGUAGCAUCAACCACCGAAGCUGCCUCAUCAGUUGCGAUCUCAGCAGUUGCAGCCUCUUCCUCAACUUCUUCAGCUGCAGGCGUAGCAGUCACAUCAUCCUCCAUCUCUGGCCUCCCCACCCAAGUAGCCGUCACCUCUGCCCCAUACGGAAACAGCACUGUUCCCACGAGCACCAAGAAGAGCAAAUCAGCAUGCAAAAGCAAAUCCAAGACCACCUCGCCAGCUAUCCUCGGCACCUCAUCUGCCAUCAACGUCGGCGCCGUCGUAACCUCAUCCUCAACUACCAUCACCAACGACUUCACCACCGAGACCUUGGCCGUCACAUCCGCUGACUCGGUCACAAUCGCUACAAGCGCUCCCACCUCCGUAGCUGCUGGCACAAGCUACGACUCCGCGACCGUGGCACGCCGUCACGCCCGCGACUUGGCUGCGCGACAAAUGAACCAGUUCACUGGGUUGGGGGUCAAGGCUACUGGUACUGCAACGGCUGGAUUCGGUGGUCAUCACCACCACCACCAUCCUCAUGGAACGGGUGCUUUUGGUUCGGGGGGGUUUGCGAAGCCUACGGGCAAGAGCCAUUUUAAGGCUGCUGGGUUUUAG